AUGUAUGAUGGACAGGACGUCUGGAUGCCCGAGUCAUGUUUUGAUGUUUUAAUGUGUGGCACUACCAUCCCCUUUUGGAUCAAUGGCACUCACCCACUGCUGCGGGACAAAGUGGUCACUCUCCAAAUCUGCAGUACUGUGCCUGACCACUGCUGUUUCUACACAUCCAGUCCUAUUCGAGUGAAAGCUUACCCAGGAAACUACUACGUCUAUGAGUUCGUCAGCCCGUCUAUCUGUUCUGUGGCAUAUUGUGCAGAUGUUACAGGAACAACACCAGCAACUACACACCAGCCACUGACAAAGCACUUUGUUGGACUAAGGAUGAAACUUUCCUCAGCAAAUAACCUUGAACAGUCAUCCUCCAUGGAAGAUUUUUUGAAACAGCUCAAGGAAGAACUGGUUAGAAAAGGCCUCCCUGGCAACAUUACAAUACAUCUGAAGAACAUCUCCAAAUGGAGUGAUGAGAAUUAAGCCAAAAAGAAACAUGGAACCUGUUAAAUUUCACAGCACUAUUUUCUGAUCAUUGUAUUGAACAGA